UCCUGUUUAAAGUUUACUUUCACUUUCCAGAUUUAGUGUCGCAGCUUUUUCUCUCCGUGUGAAGCUCCAGCUGAAGGUGGAGCUGUGACUCAUCAGGAAACAACUCACCUGAGUUGUUCUACGUCGACAUUUUGGACUGUGUGAAGAAACUACUGACUUCAGAUCAGAAGAUGAGUGGUUUGGAGGAAGAGGAGGACGGAGCAGAGUCUGUAGUAUCUGGCUGUCUGUCUAUGAAGAGUGACCGGUCCAAAGAUCCUCCUCCAAACUUCAGUAAUGAACCUGGACCCUCAGACACAAAAGUUCAGGACAACAGACAGAGAGCAGAGUCUGUAGUAUCUGGCUGUCUGUCUAUGAAGAGUGACUGGUCCAAUGAUCAUCCUCCAGUCUUCAGUAAUGAACCUGGACCCUCAGACACAAAAGAGAGGAAGAGGAGUGAUGUUUGUGAGGAGGAGCAGCCGUCCAGAUCCAGAACCAGAGCUGGACUGCAGACAGCCAAUCAGAGCAGCUCUGAACAAAUGAAUGUUGGUCGUCAGAAACAUAAGAUCAGGCUGAAGGGGACAUUUGAACGUGUGACUGAAGGAGCUGAAACAGGAAGUAGAACCCUCCUCAACAGGAUCUACACUGUCCUCUACCUCAUAGAGGGACAGAGUGAAGAGGUUAAUACCCAACAUGAGGUGAGGCAGCUCGAGACAGCUUCCAAGAAGAAGACCCUCCAUGACUCUCCAAUCAAGUGCUGCGACAUCUUUAAAGCCUUACCUGGCCAACAGAAACACAUCAGAGUCGUUCUGACGAGCGGCGUCGCUGGCGUUGGAAAAACCUUCUCAGUGCAGAAGUUCUGUCUGGACUGGGCCGAGGGUUUGGAGAACCAAGAUAUCAGUCUGGUGAUUCCUCUUUCCUUCAGGGAGCUGAACCUGAUCAAAGAUGAGCAGUACAGUCUUCUGGAGCUGCUCCGUGUUUUCCAUCCAACAUUACAGGAGGUCCCAGCAGAGCAGCUCGCUGGCUCUAAACUUCUCUUCAUCUUUGACGGCCUGGAUGAAAGCAGACUUUCACUGGAUUUCAACAACAAUGAGGCUGUUUCUGAUGUCACACAGAAGUCAUCGGUCAACGUGUUGUUGACAAACCUCAUCCAGGGGAAGCUGCUUCCCUCGGCUCUCGUCUGGAUAACUUCCCGACCUGCAGCAGCCAAUCAGAUCCCUCCUGCGUGUGUUGACAGGGUAACAGAAGUACAAGGCUUCGCUGAUGCCCAGAAGGAGGAGUACUUCAGGAAGAGAGUCAGUGAUGAAGAUCUGUCCAGCAGAAUCAUCUCCCACAUCAAGACCUCCAGGAGCCUCCACAUCAUGUGUCUGAUCCCAGUCUUCUGCUGGAUCACUGCUACAGUUCUGGACCACAUGUUGACUACAGACCAGAGAGGAGAGCUGCCCAAGACCCUGACUGACAUGUACUCACACUUCCUGCUGGUUCAGACAAAGAGGAAGAAGCUCAAGUAUGCUGAGGGACAUGAGACGAGUCCACAGGAGCUGACGGAGGCUGACGGGGAAGUUCUUCUGAAGCUGGGGAGGCUGGCGUUUGAACAGCUGGAGAAAGGAAACAUCAUGUUCUACCAAGAAGACCUGGAGCGCUGUGGUCUGGAUGUCACAGAGGCCUCGCUGUACUCAGGAGUUUGUUCAGAGAUCUUCAAAAGAGAGAGUGUGAUCUUCCAGAAAACAGUCUACUGCUUCGUUCAUCUGAGCGUUCAGGAGUUUCUGGCUGCAGUCUACCUGUUCCACUGUUACACCAACAGGAUCACACAGGUACUGGAGGACUUCCUGGGUAGAGGCUAUGUUAGUUCAUCCCUGGAUGUCUUCCUGGAGAGAGCCAUGCAGAAAUCCCUUGAAAGUGAAAAUGGCCACCUGGACCUGUUUGUCCGCUUCCUUCAUGGCCUCUCUCUGGAGUCCAACCAGAGACUCUUAGGAGGCCUGCUGGGUCAGACAGACAACAGUCCAGAAAUCAUCCAGAGAGCCAUCGACAACCUGAAGAAGAUGAACAGUUAUGGGAUCUCUCCUGACAGAAGCAUCAACAUCUUCCACUGUCUGACGGAGAUGAACGACCACUCAGUCCAUCAGGAGAUCCAAGAGUUCCUGAAGUCAGAGAACAGAUCAGAGAAGGAACUCUCUGAGAUCCACUGCUCAGCUCUGGCCUACAUGCUGCAGAUGUCAGAGGAGGUUCUGGAUGAGUUGGACCUGGAGAAGUACAACACAUCAGAGGAGGGACGACGGAGACUGAUUCCAGCUGUGAGGAACUGCAGAAAGGCUCGAGUUCAGGACAACAGACAGAGAGCAGAGUCUGUAGUAUCUGGCUGUCUGUCUAUGAAGAGUGACUGGUCCAAAGAUUAUCCUCCAGUCUUCAGUAAUGAACCUGGACCCUCAGACACAAAAAAGAGGAAGAGGAGUGAUGUUUGUGAGGAGGAGCAGCCGUCCAGAUCCAGAACCAGAGCUGGACUGCAGACAGCCAAUCAGAGCAGCUCUGAACAAAUGAAUGUUGGUCGUCAGAAACAUAAGAUCAGGCUGAAGGGGACAUUUGAACGUGUGACUGAAGGAGCUGAAACAGGAAGUAGAACCCUCCUCAACAGGAUCUACACUGUCCUCUACCUCAUAGAGGGACAGAGUGAAGAGGUUAAUACCCAACAUGAGGUGAGGCAGCUCGAGACAGCUUCCAAGAAGAAGACCCUCCAUGACUCUCCAAUCAAGUGCUGUGACAUCUUUAAAGUCUUACCUGGCCAACAGAAACACAUCAGAGUCGUUCUGACGAGCGGCGUCGCUGGCGUUGGAAAAACCUUCUCAGUGCAGAAGUUCUGUCUGGACUGGGCCGAGGGUUUGGAGAACCAAGAUAUCAGUCUGGUGAUUCCUCUUUCCUUCAGGGAGCUGAACCUGAUCAAAGAUGAGCAGUACAGUCUUCUGGAGCUGCUCCGUGUUUUCCAUCCAACAUUACAGGAGGUCCCAGCAGAGCAGCUCGCUGGCUCUAAACUUCUCUUCAUCUUUGACGGCCUGGAUGAAAGCAGACUUUCACUGGAUUUCAACAACAAUGAGGCUGUUUCUGAUGUCACACAGAAGUCAUCGGUCAACGUGCUGUUGACAAACCUCAUCCAGGGGAAGCUGCUUCCCUCGGCUCUCGUCUGGAUAACUUCCCGACCUGCAGCAGCCAAUCAGAUCCCUCCUAAGUGUGUUGACAGGGUAACAGAAGUACGAGGCUUCGCUGUUGCCCAGAAGGAGGAGUACUUCAGGAAGAGAUUCAGUGAUGAAGAUCUGUCCAGCAGAAUCAUCUCCCACAUCAAGACCUCCAGGAGCCUCCACAUCAUGUGUCUGAUCCCAGUCUUCUGCUGGAUCACUGCUACAGUUCUGGACCACAUGUUGACUACAGACCAGAGAGGAGAGCUGCCCAAGACACUGACGGACAUGUACUCACACUUCCUGCUGGUUCAGACAAAGAGGAAGAAGCUCAAGUAUGCUGAGGGACAUGAGACGAGUCCACAGGAGCUGACGGAGGCUGACGGGGAAGUUCUUCUGAAGCUGGGGAGGCUGGCGUUUGAACAGCUGGAGAAAGGAAACAUCAUGUUCUACCAAGAAGACCUGGAGCGCUGUGGUCUGGAUGUCACAGAGGCCUCGCUGUACUCAGGAGUUUGUUCAGAGAUCUUCAAAAGAGAGAGUGUGAUCUUCCAGAAAACAGUCUACUGCUUCGUUCAUCUGAGCGUUCAGGAGUUUCUGGCUGCAGUCUACCUGUUCCACUGUUACACCAACAGGAACACACAGGUACUGGAGGACUUCCUGGGAGAAGACUAUGUUAGUUCAUCCCUGGAUGUCUUCCUGGAGACAGCCAUGGUGAAAUCCCUUGAAAGUAAAAAUGGCCACCUGGACCUGUUUGUCCGCUUCCUUCAUGGCCUCUCUCUGGAGUCCAACCAGAGACUCUUAGGAGGCCUGCUGGGUCAGACAGACAACAGUCCAGAAAUCAUCCAGAGAGCCAUCAACAACCUGAAGGAGAUGAACAGUGAUAAGAUCUCUCCUGACAGAAGCAUCAACGUCUUCCACUGUCUGACGGAGAUGAACGACCACUCAGUCCAUCAGGAGAUCCAAGAGUUCCUGAAGUCAGAGAACAGAUCAGAGAAGAGACUCUCUGUGUUCCACUGCUCAGCUCUGGCCUACAUGCUGCAGAUGUCAGAGGAGGUUCUGGAGGAGUUGGACCUGGAGAAGUACAACACAUCAGAGGAGGGACGACGGAGACUGAUUCCAGCUGUGAGGAACUGCAGAAAGGCUCGGUAAGUCCAGAUGUGAUUAUCAUUUUAAAUCAGUGUGAAGCUGAGACCAUCAGUAUUAGAGUAAACAUACAGACUUUACACACAUGAACAAUAUAAAACUUACACACUAUAAAAGAUAAACCUGCUUAUUGUAAAUAAUUCUA